ACAAGUAUCAAUAUAAAUACUAAAACAGUAAGUAGUACAUUUAAAUUUUGACAAUUAGAGUAUUUUAUGAGUAUUGAGAAAUAAGUGUAAAUCAUAAGUAUGUCUAAAAUGGGAAUAGCGUGGUUUUGUUUGUUAUUAAUAUCUUUCAAUGUGUGCAAAGCUGACGACGUUCAAACGAUAAGGACACCCAACAAUUUAUCUAUGGCUAAUAGCGAGGAAUACAUGGACAUCUUGAAAAAUAGUCCUGAAUGUACACAAACAUUUUUAACGUGGAUUAAGGAAAACAUACAAGAUGGUAUCCGAUGUACUAAUGUUGGAGUUGAUCCAAUGAAAUGCGAAACAAAGAGUGGAUCAAAGAUUGAAACUAGCUUAGAAGUAUGGGAUCAAUUACCGUCAUUUAUACGAGAUCAGUGGACUAUAUCUACCAUGGGUGAUAAUUUACCUAAAGAUAUCAACUCUACCAUCGAUUAUUAAUAAAGAUAAACAAUGCAAAAUGCAUAAUAUUGUUAAAAUUGUUAUGCAUUUAUUUAUAAAUAUAAACUUAUUUAAUUAAAA